UCGUUCGUUACGAAACGAAAGUCGGAAUGAUGAUUUUUAAAAGUUUUGCCAAAUGUCUGAUCUCGGAUCGUGCCUGUGUUCAGUUCGGGGUUUCAGCAUGCAUACGGAAUUCGUCCUCCAAACCCGACCAACGGCAGGCUGAGUUGAUGGCAAGGAGUUUGCCCAAACGGAUGCCUCUGCCGGGAGUGAAGCACAUAGUCGUCGUUUCCUCUGGAAAGGGUGGAGUGGGCAAAACGACUACCGCCGUCAACCUGGCCGUCAUGCUGGCCAAACGCGGCAAGGACGUGGGACUGCUCGACGGAGACAUCUUUGGGCCGUCGGUGCCGCGGAUGAUGAAUCUGGCCGAGGUCCCGAGGGUUGAUGAGCGAAACAUGAUGAUUCCGCUAAUGAACUAUAAUGUGAAAUGCCUGUCCAUGGGUCUACUGGUAGAAUCUGGACCGGUUGUUUGGCGAGGACCCCUGGUCAUGUCGGCUAUACAGCGACUGCUGAAGGGUGCUGUGUGGGGCCCGCUGGAUGUACUGAUCGUGGACACACCACCCGGAACGGGCGAUGUCCACCUGUCGCUCAGUCAAAACGUGCCGAUCGAUGGAGUGGUGCUCGUCAGUUCUCCACAGGCGGCUGCUCUUGAUAUCACCAAAAAGGGUGCGGAAAUGUAUCGCGCUCUUCAGGUGCAAAUUAUUGGCAUGGUGGAAAACAUGAGCCACGUGGUAUGCGACAAAUGUGAACAUCGCAUCGAGUUCGCCGACAACCUAAUUGAGAAAUACACACAAGAGCUGGGCGUUGACAUUCUUGCGCGUGUACCGAUCGAAAAGGACGUCAUGCAGUGCUCCGAUAGAGGAACGCCGGUUUGCCUGAAGUACCCCAAUUCACAACUAGCUCACUCAUACGAUAGCCUGGCCACAAAGGUACUAGAAUUCCUGGCGAAUAAAACG